AACAACCUCUCUUUUUCUCUCAAAAUCUCUCUCUCUCUGCAUAUGCCCUAAGAAUACUCUCUAGUCUCUACAUUCACAUUUCAAUCUUUUACUCAUAAAUCUCUCUCAAUCUCGCCGCCUGCACUCCUGCUUACAAGCCGCGCGGACUGUGCAUAUAUUGAAUAUCUAUAGAUGCACAUUGGUUUCAUUUUCUCCGAGCAAUAAGUAUUAAGUACCGAUGCUACUAUAUACUGUUGCCGUAAAGUAUUUAUACUUAAUACUGGUGGCGGUUAUUGGAGCGGUUAGGGUUUUCGUCGAUCCCUUUUUCUUGGGUUUCUGCCUGACGUAAGGUUACUUCUCUAUCUAUUGCUGUUUUAUGUUUAGAUUUUUGUGCACGGGAAUAAGUUUGUAUCUUUCUAGGAAAGUUGGUUUGUGUACUCGCAAAAACUAGGUUCUGGGAGUUUUAGUUUGGGAUGUUGCUUUUCACGUUGUGUACCUUACAUUAGGUUGUGGUUUGGGAGUUUGUGGCUUUGUCAUAUUUGAGGAGAGGCAAGAGUGUUGGGUUCUGGGGUUUAAUUGUGGUGGUUGGACGUGAUUUUGUUGAAUUUUUUUAGUGGGUUUGGACGAAUUUGUGGAAGGAUGGAGUGAGUUGGAGGAAGCAUUUCGAUUUCUUGGUUCAUUCAGCUUGUCCCUUGGUGUAAAGAUUUUGGUGAGGUAAAGCAGGACAAUUCAUAGUUGAAUCUCUUUGGAAGCACGGGUGCGCUUGGUGCUAUUAUAAGAACUUUAAGUGUGGAGGUGGUGAAAAGCUUGGUUCUUUAGGACAUCUGGUAACCCCACUUAAGGCAAGAGCUCUUUGUAAUAAGAUGGUGUUUUGGCUUUAGAUUUAUUAUUUUCCCCCUAGAAUAAUUAGAUCAUGUCUGGUGCUGAUGGAAAGAACUGAACCUGCAUUAGUUCCGGAAUGGUUGAGAUGUACAGGAAAUCUUGCUGGAGGUGCCUCCUCAGUCCAGCACACAGAUGUUUCUAUUUCAGCAAACUCCAUGCGCAGUAGAUCUUCAAGGAGCAAUAACGAGAAAGAUAGCCCACGUUAUCUGGACAGGAGUUCAUCGUCAAGUUCUAGGCGUAGUUCAACUAGUAAUGGAUCUGCAAAGCAUCCAUAUAGUAGUUUUUCAAGGAGCUACCGGGAUAAAAACCGUGAUAGAGAGAAAGAUAAGUCUCUUUCUGAGGACAUCUGGAACAAUGACUCUCCUGAUCCGUUGGCUAGUAUAUUGACUAGUAGAGUUGAGAGGAGUACCAUGAGGCGGUCCCAAUCAUUGGUUUCAAGAAAACCUGGUGAACCAUUGCCUCGAGCAGUAGAGGACUCACGAAUGAGUGCAAACAGUGUACUCCAGGGGGCAAACAAUCUAAGUUCAGUUCAGAAGGCAGAGUUUGAAAAGGAUUUUCCAUCACUUGGAACUGAAGAGAAGCAAGGUGCAACCGGGAUUAGGAGAGUCUUAUCUCCUGGUUUGAGUUCUGCUGUUCGAAAUUUGCCCACUGGCAACUCAGGCUUUCUUGGUGGUGAGAAAUGGACUUCUGCUUUAGCGGAGGUGCCUGCUACUCUUGCAAAUAGUGGCAUGGGCCACACUCCUUUUCAACAGACCGGUGUUACAUUUUCCAAUUCGUCUUCUGGGGUUUGUAGUACUACAGCUCUCAACAUGGCUGAGGCAUUGUCACAGCCUGUGGCACGAGUUCGUGCCACUACUCAGCUGCCGGAUAAGAGCCAGAGGCUAGAGGAAUUGGCUAUCAAGCAAUCCAGACAAUUAAUUCCUAUGACACCUUCAAUGACUAAACCCUUGGUUCCUAGUUCUGCAGAUAAAUUAAAGCAACCAAAGGUUGCUCUGAAAACUAAUGAGGUAACUGUGGCUUCCAGGGGUGUCCAUAUGCAGCCCCAUUCAUCUCAUCUUGCUUAUCAAUCUCGUGCUGUACAAAGCAGAUCUGAUUCGGCAAGUACCUCUAAUGGUGGAAAGUUUCUGGUUCUCAAACCAGGACGUGAUAGUGUCACUAUUGGAGCUAAGGAUGCAUCUAGUCCAGCUGGUGAUGCCAAUGGCAAAGCUGCUAAUGGCCAACUUGCUAUGGCUUCAUCGACUCCUGCAUCAAUGAGUUCAAGCAAUUCUAUGGUUUCUGCUCUUGAAAACAAGGUUGCUGCCUUAUCACUAAGUUCCAAGUCUACUUUAGACAAGAGAUCAUCCCAAUCCCUGGCCCAAAGCAGAAGUGAAUUUUUUAAUCUCAUGCGGAGGAAAACCUCUCCUUGUGCUACAAUUAUCCACUCAGAUUCGGUUGCAGCUGUUUCAUCUCAUAGUGCAGAAACAUCUGGAGAAAAAUUUGAAGGGGAUGCUGCUAUAAGUCCUUGUGUCUUGGAGAAUGGUAACCAGGUGAUCUGCAAUGGUGAUAGACACGACAUUGCUCAGAAGAUUAAAAGUUUUCCUGAUGUUGGGGACAUUUGCUUGUCUGGUAAUGGAUCAAUUUAUCCGGAUGAAGAAGAGGCCGCAUUCCUUCGUUCACUUGGUUGGGAGGAAAAUGGUGGGGAAGAUGAAGGCUUGACAGAGGAAGAGAUCAAUGCUUUUUAUCAGGAGUACAUGAAUAGGAGACCAUCCUUGGAAGCAUCUCGAAGUUCUCAGCUGAAAUGCUCAACACCAUCUGGACCUCACAAUGCUAUUUCAGGCUUUUCUAGUCCUGACUCAAGCUCCUCUGAGUCUGAGCCUGAAGUUUGAAGAUUAAAAUUUUGUUGGCAGACUAAUUCUUUUUACCAUCUCUUCCAUGUUAAAGGGGAGUAAGGCUUGUGAAUGGCAGGAUGAAAUGGUCUUUUUGACGUCUGCAGAGUGGAGAAUGGUACAAUAAAUUCUUGGUGCCUGGAUCGAUCUUGGCAGAAAUGGAAGUUCGGAACUGGUCUAUCACCGAAAGACAGGAUAGAGAAUGAACUAGGUUUGCCUUUGAUGUGCAUUGACAAUAGUCAGUAGCACGUCUUUUUGACAUAUUUUGUCCUCUUUCUUUGGAGAGUUUGCUCUAAAGUGGGAAAGGAACUUUACAAUGUUUAUCAAUUUUACGCGAGAAAAUAGAAAUAGAAAAUUCAUUAUGGUUCUACUUUCCUCUUUCUAGUAGUUUAGUUGUGUCCCUGGUUCUCUCAUCUUUGCUUGCAUUUUGCAUGAUCCAGUGAGCUUGAUAAAUGAACGUGCAGAUGUACUUGUGGGCUUGGUUUGUUGCUGUUUUGCAUUCCUUACCACGUGUUGAAUGUGGAAGUGUUGUAGACCACUCUUUUUGGCAUUCUUUAGUCUUAAUUGUUAUUUCU